AUGGUGCUCUCCACCAUCCUGCUCGCGGCAGGCAUCACGCUGAUGCUCGUCAUGCACAUCCUCGUGGUCCUCUGGGUGCUGAGGCGGGGCAUCGCCGCCCGCGUCGCCGAGCACGCGGAGGAAGACGCAGGCCUUACCGCCGAAGAGCUCGGCGAGCUGCCAUGCCACGACUUCAAAGAAGGUGGCGCCGGCGAGUGCGCGGUGUGCCUGGAGGCGUUCAUGGCCGGCGACCGUUGCAUGGUGCUGCCGCGGUGCGAGCACGGGUUCCACGCCGAGUGCGUCGGCUCGUGGCUGCGCAAGAGCCGCCUGUGCCCCAUCUGCCGGGCCGAGGUGGCCGGCGCGCUGGCCGCCGAGGUCGUCGUGGAGGUCGCUGCUGCCUGA